UUUGGCUACUGAAGAAUCUGGACCUGGUUUUUGCCUUUUGGUUUUAGGGCUAUCAGUCUUUUUUGCAUUCAUUUCUCUCCCUUAUCUCUAUUUCAUUCUUUCAUUUCUCUCUUCUAUGGCGGUUCCUUUUCCUUAACAAGGAAAGAGCCCUAAAAUCUGAUUGAUUUUUUAAAAUAGGUUCGAUUGUCAAGACCAGCGAUUUUGAAUUUGAAGGAAAUUUAGGUUUAUGGUGUAAAUUGGAUCGGGUAUUGAGGUGGGGGUUUCCGUGGAAUGGAGGGUGGUGGUGUGGUUAGAUCAGAAAAGCGAGGGAGGAAAAGGCGAAGAAAGGAUGUACAAAAUGUGGAGGUUGAUCAAGAUGGGAAGAAAAGGGCUGCUGUUGGAUUGAGACCCAAAGCAUUGGUGGGUAGGUAUGUGAGGAAGGAUUUUGAGGGGAACGGGUUAUUUUUGGGAAAGAUUAUGUGCUAUGAUUCGGGGUUGUAUAGGGUUGAAUACGAUGAUGGAGAUUGUGAAGAUUUGGAUACCGCCGAAGUGAAAGAGGUUUUGGUUGAAGACGAUGAGUUGGUUGGUGAGUGGUUGGAUAGGAAGGAAAAGUUAAAUGAAUUGGUAGCUAGUAGGGAGGUAAAGAUUAUGGCUGAGCCGAUAAGUGCUGUAGCUGAUAAGAACGAAGAAGUGCCAGUUGCGAGUGAUUUGGGAAACGAUUGUCCUGUUGAGGUUGAGAAGAUGCAAGUAGAUGUUGAUGCUGAUUCACUGAGCAAUUCGUCUGAUGAUGAUGAGGAGCAGGAAUUAAGUUCGGAGGUGGAAAAGCCUCUUGUUCCUGCACCUGAACUGCCCCACUCUUCUGGAAAUAUUGGUGUUCCGGAGGAGUAUGUAUCACACCUUUUGUCAGUUUAUAGCUUUUUACGGAUGUUUAGUACCACGUUGUUUCUGAGUCCCUUUGGACUUGAUGAUUUUGUGGGUGCACUCAACUGUUCUGUUCCAAACUCAUUGUUGGACUCUAUUCAUGUCGCUCUUAUGCGUGUUUUGAAGCGUCAUCUUGAAAAUCUGUCAUCUGAUGGUUCCGAGCUUGCAUCAAAAUGCCUAAGGUACAUUGAUUGGAGCUUGCUUGAUACAAUGACAUGGCCUGCUUAUCUAGUUCACUAUCUGACGGGAAUGGGAUACACAGAUGAAGAUGGAUGGGAAGGUUUUUAUCCCCAUACUUUGGAGAAGGAAUACUACUCACUAUCUGCUGGCAGGAAACUCAUAGUUCUGCAGAUCUUGUGUGAUAAUGCCCUAGAUUCUGAAGAGCUAAGAGCAGAAAUUGACAUGCGCGAAGAAUCAGAGGUAGGUAUCGAUUCAGAUGCGGGUACAGUUUUAGCCCCUGUGAUUGGACCACGUAGAGUGCAUCCACGGUACUCUAAAACUUCUGCCUGCAAGGACCGAGAAGCCAUCAAGCUUAGCAAAGAAACUAAUACUAAUUCUUUGGGUUCCAAAGUUAGUGGCCAAGAUGCUUUCCGUCAUGUUGAUCAAGAUGGUAAUGGUGAUGAAUGUCGUCUCUGCGGUAUGGAUGGGACUUUACUUUGCUGUGACGGCUGUCCCGCAUCUUACCAUGCUAGGUGCAUUGGUGUUUGCAAGAUGUAUAUACCAGAAGGAGCAUGGUAUUGUCCUGAGUGCACAGUCAGUGAGCUUGAGCCUAAAAUUAUGAGGGGAACAACUCUGAGAGGAUCAGAGUUUUUUGGUGUUGAUCCCUAUGGACAAAUCUUUAUGGGUACUUGCAAUCAUCUGCUUGUGUUGAAGGCUUUAGCUGGUAUAGAGUCUAAUGUCAGAUACUACUAUGACAAAGACAUACCCAAGGUCCUGCAAGUACUUAAUGCCAACGUGCAUCAUUAUGCCUUAUAUUUGGAAAUAUGCAAAGGAAUUAUGCAGUACUGGGAAAUUCCAGUCAAUGUCAUAUUCCCUAAUGGUGAACUAUUUGAAAUUAGUGGGCAAGGAGAAGACACAACAGGUGGUCGCCUUAUGCCAUCACUUAAUUCUUUGGUUAAGGAAAGUCUUGGGGAAGAGAAUACUGUAACUUGUAUCACUGAAUUUGGUCCAGGAAGUGAUCUUCUAGGCAACUUCUCGACAGAACCUAUGCAGAAUGAGAAAUUAGAUGCAGUUUCCCAACCUGAUGGUCUUUGUCUGGCAAAUAUUGAGUCUAUAGCGAGACAGAGUAACACUCCUUUAGACUCGUUGCCAUCUGAACAAACUAAAGUGAAGCCCAUUGUAUGCACUGGUUCAGUUGACCAGCAUCUUAUUCCUUCUGAGUGGACUGAACGAGAUGGCCCAAAUUUGGCAAAGACUGCUAUAUGUACUUCAAGAAGCCCCAAUAACUACUUGGAACAAAUUAGUGGUACUUAUGCCGCUGUCACGGUGUCUCAUGGAAGAGGUUGUUUAUACAUGGGUUCAUCUUUUAAACCUCAAGGAUAUAUAAAUAGUUAUCUGCAUGGAGAUUUUGCCGCAUCUGCCGCUGCUAGUCUAGCUGUCCUUUCUUCUGAAGAAAACCAGGGUUCUGAGACUCGUGUUUCAGACAAUAGGCGGAAACAUAUGUCUGCAAAUUUCCUACUUCAAGCUAAAGCUUUCUCAUCAGUAGCAAUGCGUUUUUUCUGGCCAAAUACUGAAAAGAGACUCGUGGAAGUACCAAGGGAAAGAUGUAGUUGGUGUCUUAGUUGUAAGGCUCCUGUGGUUAGUAAGAGAGGAUGCUUGUUGAAUGCUGCAGCAUCAAAUGCCAUUAAGGGGGCUGUGAAGAUACUUAGUGGUCUACGUCCUGCUAAGGGUGGUGAUGGAAGUCUUCCUGGUAUUGCUACGUAUAUUGUAUUGAUGGAGGAGAGCUUAACUGGUUUGAUAUCUGGCGAUUUCCGAAGUGCAGCUUUCAGAAAGCAAUGGCGUAAACAGGCAGAACAAGCUACUAGUUGCAGUGUGAUAAAAUCUCUUUUGCUUGAACUUGAGGAGAAUAUCCGCUUAGUUGCAUUUUCUGUGGAGUGGACCAAGCUUGUUGAUGGUGGGUCAUCUGAAUCUUCUCUCACUCAUUCAGCUGCUGGUGCUGCUGGAUCAACUCAUAAGCGUAAACCAGGGAGACGUGGUAGGAAACCAAUGGCUGUUGUUGAAGCCGCUGCCGAUCAGUCCCAGGAUAUACUGACUGACUUCACUUGGUGGAGAGGUGGCUUGAUUUCAAAGUUUAUAUUCCAGAAAGGGACUCUACCCCGAAGGAUGGUGAAGAAAGCAGCACGUCAAGGUGGUGUUAGAAAGAUACCUGGUAUUUAUUAUGCUGAAGGGUCUGAGACCGCCAAAAGAAAUAGGCAGCUUGUUUGGCGGGCUGCAGUUGAUAUGUGUAAGACGACAUCUCAGCUUGCGCUUCAGGUGAGGUACCUAGACAUGCAUGUGAGGUGGAGUGACCUUGUUCGUCCUGAACAGAGCGUCCAAGAUGGAAAAGGUCCAGAAACAGAAGCUUCUGCUUUCAGAAAUGCUUACAUAUGCGACAAAAGAGUUGUUGAAAGUGAGAUUAGGUAUGGUGUUGCUUUUGGAAAUCAGAAGCAUCUCCCAUCUCGCGUGAUGAAGAGUAUAGUAGAAGUAGAGCAAACACAGGAUGGAAAGGAGAAAUAUUGGUUUUCUGAGUUGCGGAUUCCUUUGUAUCUAAUAAAAGAGUAUGAAGAAAAAGUGGGAAAAGAUCUGCCUUCAGCCAACAAACCCAGAAGUGCAUUUACAAAGAAAAAGCCCUUGAGGACUCCUUGUAAAGAUAUCUUUACUUAUCUAGUACUGAAGAGAGAUGGCAAUGAUAAGUGUUGUUGUGCUUCAUGUCAAGCGGAUGUGCCAUUUAGGAAUGCGGUGAAGUGCAAUACAUGCCAAGGUCUCUGUCACGAGCUGUGUACAGUUAGUUCAACAGUUGAUGGUAUAGACGAUGUUGAGUACACAAACACUUGCAAAAUGUGUUACCAAAAUAGAGCCCUUACUCGAGUUAAAUGUAGUGAUGAAUCUCCAACAAGCCCUUUACUCCUGCAAGGGCAAUACUUUCCAAAGCAAAUAUCAGCCAAGAAAGGAGUAAAUGUUGGUAAUUCUAGCCGUCUUUCAGCCUCCGUUGCCACAUUGAAGCAUUCUUCUGAUAGGAAGCAUGGUAGUUCUUCGAAUUCAACAACGAAAAAAAAGCACAAGUUGGGUGUCGUUUGGAGAAAGAAGAAUGAGGACACUGGCACUGAGUUUAGAUUAAGAAACAUUUUUCUUAAGGGCAAUCCAGACGGAGAUUUUCCCAGACUUACUUGCUACCUUUGUCGCAAGCCAUACAAUCCUGAUUUGAUGUACAUCCGCUGUGAAACGUGUACAAAUUGGUUUCAUGCUGAUGCUGUUGGGCUUGAGGAGUCGAAGGUUUCUGAAGUUGUUGGGUUCAAAUGUUCUAGAUGCCGUAGGACUAGAAUACCCAUCUGUCCUUAUUUGGAUCCAGAAAGCAAAAAGCAGUUAGAAGAAAAGAGAAUGCGGUCAAGGGCUUCAAAGAUGGAUAAUCCUGGAACGGAGUUUCACUCUGGGAUCAUCCCGGAGCGGCAUAUGGAGGAUGAGAUGUCUACUCAAGUGGUGCCCUCAAAAGAGGAAAACAUAUAUGUAGAGGACGAUAAUUCUCUUGUUUCUACUCCGGAAGAAUUCUAUGAGCAAUUCCCAGAAGCUGAUUCUGAAUGGAAUGCUGCAACCAUGUCUGUGCCAGGGCCUAAAAAGUUGCCAGUAAGGAGGCAUGUGAAGAACGAGAAUGAUUUGGAUUCUUCUUUUGCAAGCAAUCCUUCCGAUGCUGAUUUUUUUGGAGGAAACAUAAUGAUUUCUGCAGAAGAAAUACCUUCUAAUGCUGAACGGGGAACUAAACUGCCAGUAAGAAGACAUGGAGGAGUGGAGAAGAAUUCAGAUACUGAUUUCGCCAACAACUCCAUGGAAGUUGAAUUAUCAACACCUCAUGGGGUUGACUGGGAUACUUCCAGGAAUGGUUUUGAGGAAGGCAUGAUGUUUGAAUACGAUGAUCUUCACUAUGAGGACAUGGAGUUUGAACCUCAGACCUAUUUCUCUUUCAACGAAUUGCUUGCAUCUGAUGAUUGCGGCCCAUUGGACGGAUCUGCUAAUUUGACAGACAAUGUUGACACAUCAUUGGGGUUUCCAUCUGAUGGACUUUCUGAUAUGUCUUACUUUAAGCACGAGCCUGAGUUUAGCAUAGAAUCUGCUGCUGUCACUGUUCCUUGUAAGAUGUGUUCCCAUUCUGAACCAUGCCCUGAUCUUUGUUGUCAAAUGUGUGGCAUAUGGAUCCACAGUCAUUGUUCACCUUGGAUUGAGGAGUUGUUUGGAGAAGCCGGUUGGAGGUGUGGCAACUGUAGGGACUGGAGAUAGUCGAUGCUUUUAUCAUUUUGUGAUCUUACUGAUUGGAGUCAGAGGUGCAUCAGCUAGAGGGAAUGUGAUAUAUUUUGACUUCACCAAUCUAAGAGUUGGUUAACUACACAAGAUGCAGUUUUGGAUGCUAGUCUACUUGUUGCUUUGUCACAAAUAGACAAGGAAAUUGAAUUCACUUGUGAUGCCGGUAGGUAAUUAUUUUGCUAAGCAGGCGCGAGAGCACGUUCCGCAUAUUUAAGAUUCAGUGGUAGGGGCUGCUGCAAUUUUGCAACCUGGCAAAGUUCCGUCAUCCAAUUUGGGAGGUUUCAUCAUCUGCAGGUCUCUUAUUUCUUCUGAAUGAUUAUAGCUGGAUGAUAGGAAAACAAUCGUGCGCAAUAUACGUCUAGAGAUGAUUAGUGGGAGGUUGUGGUAUUUGCUCCAACCUUGGCAGAUAAGCAACUCUUUUUAGUUGGUGCUUAUCUGAUAUUUUUGACUGUAUAAAGAGGCCAUUAGUUAGGAAUUCUUUUCCUCGUA